UGAAAGCAGCCGCCCACGGUGCAAGGUCCCCCGCGGGGGCGAAGGGGCAGUGGCGGCCGGGCUGGGUCUGGCCACGCGGACCGAGCUCCUGGCUCGGGCAGAGGCAGAAAUGACCUGGAGUUGGCAAUUUGGGCCCUGAUCCUUCCCAGUGGGGCCUGAGGGAGCGAAGGUGCAGAGGCUGCAGUGAGGGGCAAAGGCAGCUCUGCUGGCCUCUCUCUGAGCCCUUUCCUUUCCUGAAGACACUGCGCUUAUCCCUUUGGCCACUUGUAUCGCACACUGCUCAGGGAGGAGCUGCUGUACGGUCCUUGGAGGCCACUGGCCUCCUGACCUUCUCAGAGACAGAGCCAGGAGGCCAGAGGCUUCCCCUCCCUAGGGCUGCUUGGGCUCUGACCUCAUUCCUCUAACUCCACCCAGAGUGGCACUGAAUCUGCCACUCAGUCAUCUCAUUUGCCCGCAGACUUUAAGGCCAAGCCCUGUGCCCGGCUCUCUGCCUGGCUUCUUGGGGGUCCUCACUCCCUGGCCACACUGACCUCAGGACCUAGGAAAAUGAAAUAAAGCAGGGGCAAUCCAUUCUGUUCGAGGAGGUACCAUGGAGCCGAACCUUGAAGGAUAAAUGAGAUUCCCAUGGGAGGACCAGGGAGGGGAGAACAGGCAGGAUGGAGGGAACAGUAUAAGGAAUGGCCUUUGGGCCCCGGGCCCUGGCUUCAGCCUCAGAGUGUGUGACCUCCAUGUUUAAUGUGUAUAGAGGCCCUUUGCAGGCAUAUCCUCAGCUCUCUCCAGUGCUCAACACAUAGUCCCUGCUCCAGGGCAGCCAUGAGCCUGGUGGCCCGUGAGUGUCCCCCUGGCCCUGGCCUGGACCCCGAGCCCUGCUCAUGAGUGCGGUCCCAGGCCCUAGUGUACCGGGAGCAGAUUCGCAACCGGGUCACUCCAGGGGCAUCUGACAUGACCAAGCGCGACUACCUUGUGGAUGCAGCCACACAGAUCCGGCUGGCCCUGGAGCGUGAUGUCAGUGAGGAGUAUGAGGCAGCCUUCAGCCACUACCAGAAUGGCGUGGACGUUCUGCUCCGAGGCGUAAAUGUCGACCCCAACAAGGAGAGAUGUGAGGCUGUAAAGCUGAAAAUUGCCAAGUACCUGCGGCGGGCGGAGGAGAUCUUUAAUUGCCACCUGCAGAGGACGCUGGGCAGUGGAGCCAGCCCUGGCACGGGUUUUAGCAGCCUGAGGCUGCGGCCCAUCCGCACACUGAGCUCUGCCCUAGAGCAGCUGAGGGGCUGCAAGGUGGUUGCGGUCAUCGAGAAGAGAAAAGGGGACCGGUGUGUGCUCCCCGACAUGCCGAGGGUGAAGUGCUGGCCGGGCUGGCACCGCGUGGCCACAGACGAGCUCCUUUCCCUGUCUGGGCGCUGGUUUCCUCAUCUGGAAGUGGAGGUGCAGCUGGUCCAGGACCCAGCGACUGGAGGGACCUUCGUGGUGAAGAGCCUGUCCAGGUGCCACGCGGUGAGCCGGGAGCGGCUGACCAUCAUCCCACACGCCGUCCCCUACAUGACCAAGCUGCUGCGGUAUUUUGUGAGCGAGGACUCCAUCUUCCUGCACCUGGAGCAUGUGCAAGGAGGCACUCUGUGGUCCCACCUGCUCUCCCAGCCGUGCCUCCAACAGUCUGGGACUAGGUCUGGCUCCAGCCUGGAGAGGAUGAAGGCUCAGCUCGACUCCCGACUCAGCCUCCAGACCCCAGCUCGCUUCCCACCUGGCCACACCUGCCUGCAGGACGGAAUCCCCCUGGAGCCUCCCCGGACUUCUCAGAGCCUUACCCCGGCCGGGGGGGCUGCAGCCAUCAGACCCCAGAGAGAGGCUGAAGGUGAACUCUCAGCCGGGACCGGCCCUUCCUGCUCCUGGGACCUUCCAAAGGCCCCAGGUGGCCACCUGCACCACCAAGCCAGGCGGGGGCCUGGCCAGAGCUCUGAUCCGGGGCCCCCUUGCGGGCUCCCUUGGGUUCGUGCAGGGGCCGGCCGGGUGCUGGGGGGCUGUGGCCGAGGCAGAGGUCGGAGCCGCCCCUCAACCGGUGGAGCCGCCUGGAGUGUGAGGGAGGAGCAGGUGAGGCAGUGGGCAGCCGAGAUGCUGGUGGCCCUGGAGGCGCUGCACGAGCAGGGGGUGCUGUGCCGGGACCUCAAUCCCCGGAACCUGCUCCUGGACCAGGCAGGUAGGAGCCCUGGGCCCAGGGGGAGAAGAGUGGGCCCUCACCCUACCCCACCCCUCCAGCGGGAGGCCCCCGAAGCCUCAAGACAGAGAAGGAAAUUUCCCCAAAGUCAAGCGGAUGCAGAGGUUAUCUGCUUCUUCCCUUGCCUCCCCUCCCCGGCCUUUUCAGGAAGGACUCUGCUGAGCCUGGUUGGUCAGGGUUGAGCUUGGGAAACAAACCCUUUCCCUCGAUGAGCUCAGGGCAAGGCUCCUGUGAAGACCAGGUUGUUUCGGGGCCUCGGCGUUGCGGGGGGGCGGGCCCUUAGGGAGCUUCUGCCCAGCGCAGCCGCUGGCCCCUGCCUUGUGGCUGUUGGGAGAAGCGCUGGAGUCCCCUGCGUCACGCCUGCAGCUCCAAGAUGACUAAUAGCAAUUUUUGUCCCCUUUUAUUCCUCCCUGCAUGCACUGCAUGACAAGGCCACAUCCGGCUCACGUAUUUCGGCCAGUGGUCAGAGGUGGAGCCCCAGUGCUGCAGGGAGGCUUUGGACAAACUCUACAGCG